AAUGGCUAACGGAAUAACUGCAGGCGUUAUUUUUUAUGGAGUCGACAAUCAUUAAAUGGUAAUUGAAUAUCCUCGGGUGCAGUGUUCAGGAAGAAUUGUUCCCUCUCGCUUAUUGGGGAGAGAAUGAUUCAGUGAUUGAAUGGUUAAACAAACUAAUGGAAUUCCACAUCAUCGUCUCUUUUGCGAGGGCAAGAAAACGUUUUCUGAUUGCAGACAGGAGGGAUCGUUCUCCACUUCAUGACCAUUUUUCCACGAAAAUUUUACGACGGAUUAAAGUGAACCGGAAGCAGGCUGUUAUAAAUACUAGUGCCCUGCCCAGGGUAUUACUCAGUAUUGGUUAAAAUUCAAGAGGAAUCGGUUAUUUGACAGUCUGUGGAAUUAUGGAGAGAAUUUUUUUGAUGGCUGCUGUGUGCGUUAUUAGCACCAGGGGUGAUGGAACGUAUGGGAGUGUUAAAGUGGUUGAUAAUGCAUUGCAGUUCAAAGUGCCUAAUGAGGCGGGAAUCGAUGAUACCCAGUGGAUUGUUAUUAAUCGAACGAGUCAGGCGAUAAAUAAAAUUUUCACUAAGAAGGAUGAGUGCUCCAGGUAUUGCAUUGAGGGAGAAGAUAGCAAUGACAAAGUGCCACCGAAUUUGCACAGGAAGAGGAUCAAUUUCAUCUGGCAUAUCAGCGACAAUCUUCCGGAAUUCAAUAAAAACGCAUUAUCCCUGGAUAAUCAAGAACUGAAGAAUUCGAAUGGACCAGAGAUAUCGAGAGAAAAGUGUGAAAUUCAACUAUCUAUUGGCUGUAAAAAUUCCAUAAACGGAGUAGACCGAGAAAAUGCCGAUAAAUUGGAAAUCCUGAGGAAGACCCACCUAACGGGAUUCACCUCUAACAAAUUCAAUGUGCAUCUCGAUGCAGAUCAUUUGCAAUUGAGAAUCGAGGGAAACGUCACGUGGAUAUUCCUGGAGAUACCUGCGGGGAGGAGAAACGGGAUGGAGCCCCUUGGACUGUCACUGGUGCGUGCUGAUGGAAAUGGGGUGAAUCUCAUUGCGAACAACCCUCCACCAGGUGGCUGGCUUUUGAAGCUCAGAGGGAGGGAAAAUUCAACGUACAGUCUCACUGCUUGGCAAGUUGUUCCACUGGAUACUCCAGAGCCACUUGCUGCCCUUCAAGACGAUGAUAAACUCAACAGAGAUAUCGAGAACGACGGAAUCGUGAUUUUUCUCGAGGACAUGGAGACACCAGAGUCUCGUCAAGCAUCAUUGAGAUUUCCGAGUGAAUCCUCGGACCUAGAAGGGAACAGAAAUUACCCUAAGGCUGUUGUUUUUCAAGAGCCACUCGACGAGUUGUCCAAGUUUCAAAUUGAGGAGAAUGCAGACGCUGAGCUUCGAGACUUAUCACGAUCAAGUGGAUUAAUAACAAGAGGAAAGAGUGUUCCAGUGGAUCUGUCCCCGGAGACGAAGCUCCUUGUCAAACCAGGAACUAUUCAUACGAUCAUUUUCACUGUUACUAAUAAUCAGGCUUUUGCACUUAUACAUGAAUUCCAUCCGAGCAGCACUCAGUUUCAGAUCAGGGGCAUCGAACCCAGAAGAUGGUGGAUUCAACCAGACCAAACCAUUAAAGUAGGCGUACACGUGGAAGUGCCAUUGGUGGACGAAAAUAUCGUAAAUACUGUAACUCUGCAUGUAAAGCGAAGCGAAAACCUUGAUCCUGUUCAGAAAUCCGCCUACAUGUAUCUCCAGAGGUCAUCGAAUUCGAUAUCUGACAGCACAAAACCAACGAUUGAUUACGAAUUUAGCAAUAAUUGCGCCGGAAGAUUGCGCCUAGAGCGAUGCGAAAAUAACUUUUGGAGUGUUGACAUUACCGUGACCGAUGAUAAUUCAGGGUUGAAGAGAGUGGCGUCUCAACCGAAUGGAGUUCAUUCAAAGCGAGAGUUCAUAGCUGGCACUAAAAAUGCUGUACAUUUCCUCUACACGUCCACGUGUUGCUACACAAAGGUGGAGGUGACAGCAACAGAUGUUGUGGGAAACACUCACUCUCGGACCAUUGACGUCACUGCCUGGGAUAAUUUGUCAACCGGCGAAAUAGUAGCUAUCGUCCUCGGCAGUCUGUUCCUACUCCUUAUCAUCAUACUCCUCAUCUUACUAUGUAUUCAUUGUAUACGUAAACGCAGAAGUGCGGACAUUUCUUACUCCCAACGAUAUGGAUCCAGAGGGGGCCCGAGCAGCAGGGCGGAAGGAACCAAUUUCUGAACGAAUUCAACAUUCACAUUUACUCUAGCAGCAUGAUAAAUAAAUGAACUCAACUAUACCGUAUAUUAAUUUAUUUUCUAUGCAUUAAUUUUCGAA